CACGGCCGCGCCGGCCAUGGAGCCCUCGCCCAAAGACGGCGAGAGCGCGGCGGCCGCCGAGCCCAGCCGGGGCGGCUCGGCCCCGUCCAGCGGCGUGGUGGUGCAGGUCCGGGAGAAGAAGGGCCCCCUGCGCGCCGCCAUCCCCUACAUGCCCUUCCCCGUGGCCGUCAUCUGCCUCUUCCUCAACACCUUCGUGCCGGGGCUGGGAACGUUCGUGUCGGCGUUCACAGUGCUCUGCGGGGCGCGCACCGACCUCCCGGACCGGCACAUGUGCUGCGUCUUCUGGCUCAACAUCGCCGCUGCCCUCAUCCAGAUCCUCACGGCCAUCGUCAUGGUGGGCUGGAUCAUGAGCAUAUUCUGGGGCAUGGACAUGGUCAUUCUGGCAAUCUCACAAGGCUACAAGGAACAGGGGAUCCCACAGCAGCUGUAGUGGCUGGGACAAGUAUGGUCAGAGAAACACGGCGAGAGAUUUCCUUUGGCAGCCGUGGGCCACGGACCUUUUCAUUACCCUUUGUCUCUCUUCUUGUCCCCUUUGUUUUGUCUCCCUGUGUCUGCCCGGUCCUCGUGCCCGUCCAGCGGAGCGGAGAUGCAGAGCAGCCGGCGCAGACUUGCACUGACGCCCCGAGCAGCGGAGAUGAGGCAAGCACGGCUGGCCUUGGACUGGUCCCAGCCAGCAGGAGGUGGGCGGCCCACGAGGAGGACAGGAGGACAAGGGUGCCAGGACAAGGAAACGCCCUUGGCAGAGGUGGCACCUGGGCAUGCAGCUGAACCAAGGGAGGGGGAGAUCCUGCCUUCCCUCUGCUCCAGGGGGAGGUCGCUGAAGAGAUUUUGCCUCCUUUUUAUGCUCGCUGUUAAAGGACGCUGGCUGUGAACAUCAAAUGCCAAGGAGCUGUUCAUAGAUACACGUACAGGAUGUAAAAGCAAACCAGUGGUACUUUUUUCCUGCCCCGAGAUUCCGUCUGUGACUGCUCUGCAGUAGUGGAGGGUCCAACCCAGCCCUCUCUGCUGCCUGUGUAGAUAUGAUGUUCACUGAAGCUCUGUCCCCGCAGAUGUCUUGAGAAAUGUGCUUGCUGUAAAUUGUAUUGUACCGCUGAAGUGACCGGGGCCAUCCCCUGCUUCCACCCGCUGCCACCGUGCAAAGACCAGAGCUCCCACCAGCCCAGGGGACACUUUUCCUAGCACAGGACUGGCAUCCUGCAGCACCUUGCCUCUAGGGCAGCAAGUACUGCCCAAAGCCUCUCGUAUAAACAAUACUGGGGGAGCCAAAGAACCUUUCCUGCCCCUGAAAGGGACUUGCUGGCAGUGUCUCCAUGCUUUGGAAAUGGAUCCCCUUAGAGCACAACAAGUGCUCCUGGCUGAAGCAGCAUCCCAGCUCUGCUUCCCCAGGGUAAAAUUAACCACCCAGCGCUUUCACACCUCCUUCCGAAGCACUGCAGAGGGGACAACACCUCCACCUCCAGGAGGCUGGAUAACUCCCUUCCCUCCUGUGGGAGCAGCUGCAAACCAGCACAGCCAGAGGGCACAGCCCGAGCCCCUCCUCUGGUCCGAAGUGCAUGGCCCCCAGCUAUCCCAGCACCAUCACCUGCUUUGUAAAUGUAGAUGUUUGACAUGCCAGUUUUACAGCUAAAGAGUGAUCGUGGGUAAUGAAGAAUAAAUUCAGUUGCUUCACCCCCAUCUGCCAGCAACA